AUGACAGCUUUGGCCCAACCUCCGGUCCCUUUAUCCACGGGGAGUGACAUCCCGACAUACGACCAGGUCCCCGAGACUGCCUAUGACCUGGACUGGGCAGACCUAGCCACCUUGGAUCUGUCUCAAUUUGAUCAGCCAGGUGGCAAGGAACAGCUAGCUAAGCAGCUUUUCCAAGCUAUCCAAGAUAUCGGGUUCUUCUAUAUCACCAAGUUUGGCCUCUCACAAGAGGAUGUCGACCGCCAAUUCUCGAUUGGCAAGGAAGUCUUCAAAUUACCACUAGAGGAGAAACUCAAGUAUCGCGCCGAGCUAGAAAAAGGCGGCUACAAUGGAUACAAGCCCCUAGGUCUGCGAGAAAUUAGCCCCGGUGUCUUGGACAACGUCGAAAUCUACAAUAUUCCAAAGUUUAUCCCUGCCUUUGAGCGCCCCCAGCCCGACAUUGUGAAUCACAAUCGUCCGGUUAUCGAGAGCUUCGCGCGCCACAUCAAUGAUGAAGUCGUACGCAAGCUUCUCAUACUUUUGGCUAUUAUCCUCGAGCUACCUGACAAUUAUUUCCUCAAGGUGCACCGUUACGAAAAGAAAAGUGACUGCCACCUGCGGUAUAUGAAGUAUCACCGCCGAACCGAUGAAGAGAACGAGAAAGCCGCUGGUGUUUGGUCCAAGGGCCAUACCGACUUUGGCAGCCUGACUUUACUCUUCCGUCAGCCAGUCGCCGCUCUGCAGGUCCGCACUCCGGAGGGAGAGUGGAAAUGGGUGAAGCCAUACCCUGGAAGCAUCACCGUGAACCUUGCAGACUCGCUUCAUUUCCUCACCAAUGGCUUCCUGAAGAGCAGUAUACACCGUGUCGUCGCACCUCCGCCCGAUCAGCGGAAUGUUGACCGUCUGGGUGUUCUAUACUUUGUCCGCCCUGAGGAUGACCUUGAGCUGCGACCGGUGGUCAGCGAGGUGCUACAUCGUUUGGGAUAUGACCAGAUAACUGAUAAUAAUGCCGUUGGCAUCACUGCUGGUGAGUGGGUAAAAGCCCGAGUAGCCAAGGGAGUUGACAGAGGCACCGCACGAAGUGAAGUCGGAGAUCAACCUAUUAUUGGAGGCGUGGUCGCUAAGUACUACGAUUAA